CCUUCAGGGAGUGGAGGAAAAAACAACAACUUUCUUGCAAGAAGUUUCUGCUAUCUAAGGAUGGGGCCGUGUCACCAGCACGUCACUACUUGCUCAACCAGUUUCUCUACUCCUCUUACUAAAAUAGCUGAGCCCCCAACACACAAUACUAUUCUCUCCCUAGAGCAGGAACUCUAGAGCACCUUUAAAUAACUAAUACUGCCAUUCCGACCUCCCACAGCAUCUGUGCUGAACCAUGACGGCCUUUAAAGGAAUAUGGACCAGGCAAUUCUGGACUUCUAUGGCUGGAGAAUUCUUAGCAGUGUUUCUUUUCUUGGUUGUUAGUUUAGGAUCUACCGCAGGGUUGAAUGAACCUGGUGCCAGUGAUACACACAUAGCCUUUUGCUUUGGACUAAGCAUAGCCAUUUUAAUUCAUUGCUUUGGGCAUAUAUGUGAAGCCUUUUUAAACCCUGCAGUAGCAGUGGCCAUGAUUUGUACCAGGAAAAUAUCAGUGGCCAGAGGAUUAUUUUACAUCAUUAUCCAAUGUCUGGGGGCUAUAGCUGGAGCAGGCGUUGUGGCUCUUAUUACACCACACGAUAAAUGGCCAGUUGGUGUUACCAAGGAACAUGACACAGUUUCACAUGGUCAGGCUCUUCUCGUGGAAGCGAUCAUCACUUUCCAGUUGGUGUUCACAAUUUUUGCUUCAUGUGACAAGAAGCGAAGUGACAUUAAAGUUCCCAUUCCUCUUAUCAUUGGGCUCUCGGUGACAAUUGGACAUCUUUUUGCAAUCCAGUAUACCGGAGCGAGCAUGAACCCAGCAAGAUCAUUAGGAACAAGUGUUGUAUUUAACGAGUGGGAAAACCACUGGAUAUACUGGAUUGGUCCAAUGAUGGGUGGAGUUCUUGCCAGUUUUGUCUACGAAUACCUAUUUUGCCCAGACCCGGAGCUCAAGCUACGAUUGCAGGCCAGUUUUCGAAAACCAGAGAAUGAAGAUGAAUCUGUCCAGCUCCACGUGACACCAGGAGGAGAAUACAACAAACUGGAAACAACUGCAUAGUUUUAUUAUUAGUUAGUGCUGGUCCCCCAUUACCACAAAAUACUUGCUUUUAAACAUAACACAUAUGUAUAUAUUGAAGAUUAAUUAGAAGAGACUUUCAUCACGUUUAG